AAACACUGGACAAGCAAGCUGCUUCCGCAACCAGUUUGUGUUGAGGAUGUCGCAGGUCUCUCAAUGACCGCUCAGCGCUCAAAGUCAUGAGUUCUUGGAGACCACAGGGUCAUCGUUACCACCAUAAACAAUCAAUCCACCGUGGUCGAUUCCGAGGUAAGUGGCCGGCCGAGGUGAGGCGGCUUACCAUGGCCGGUAAAGGGGUUGAGGGGGUUCCCUCUCGUGCCCCAAUCCGCCGAGGUUGGAGAAGCUCGGCAAUGGGCGGCUUUCGUGGGCAGGGACGAUCUUGUCCACCACUACUGUGCCCCUCUGCCCAGGAUGCCGGCAAACGUCAAGCUCUCAGAGAGAAGAGCAAGCCGUGUCUCGGGCACUCCUGCUUAUUGAGCGCCGCCUCUCCAAUUCUGCCAGCUAACACACAGUCACCAUGCGCCCUGUGUCUACAACAUGGAAGCAGCUCCGCCUGCAGAGGCGACACUUCUCUUCGUCGCCUCGCAGGCUGGACAACUAUGCCUUCAUCGGCUUGGGCCAGAUGGGAUUCCAAAUGGCUAAGAACCUCCAAGCCAAACUUCCCCCAGGUGACCGUCUGAAGAUAUUCGACAUCAACCGUGAGGCCGCCCAGAGGCUUGCCGGGGAAAUGGCAGCCUCGCAGGCCGGGGGAGCAUCUGUUGCGCUGGCCGACAGCGCAGCAGAUGCCUCCAUGGAAGCUGAUGUCACCAUCACAGCACUGCCCGAGCCCAGUCACGUCAAGGCCGUGUAUGCCUCCAUCCUGGAGGCGAACCCAAGCCCACGGCCUAGCCCGCGCCUCUUCAUAGACUGCUCCACCAUUGACCCGUCAUCGUCACAAGAGGUAGCCCGGAAGGUCGCAGAGGCAUUCCCCGGCGGGAAAGCACACUUUGUCGACGCGCCGAUGUCGGGAGGGAUCGUCGGGGCAGCCGGAGGCACGCUGACGUUCAUGCUCGGGGCGCCGGCGGAAGUCGUGCCCAGGGUAGAGCCGGUCCUGCGGCGGAUGGGCAAGAACGUGCUCCACUGCGGCAAGCAGGGGACGGGCCUGUCGGCCAAGCUGGCCAACAACUACCUGCUGGCCAUCAACAACAUCGCGACGGCCGAGGCGAUGAACCUGGGCAUGCGCUGGGGGCUUGACCCGAAGGUGCUGGCGGGCGUGAUCAACGUCAGCACGGGCCGGUGCUGGCCCAGCGAGGUCAACAACCCCGUCAAGGGCGUCGUGGACAAGGCCCCCGCGGGCAGGGACUACGCCGGCGGGUUCGGCAUCUCGCUGAUGCGCAAGGACCUGAGGCUCGCCAUGGUCGCGGCGGACGAGGCCGGGGCGAGGCUCGAGCUGGCCGGGCCGGCGAGGGAGCUUUAUGAGGCGGCCGAGAAGGACGAGGCUUGCAAGGGCCGGGACUUUAGUGUUGUCUAUAGAUGGCUCGGCGGGAAGGAGUCGUAAGACGAGCGCGUGCUCCAAAAUAAAAGACCAUUUUCCAUGA